AUGUCAUCAUCACUUGAUUAUAACGCAUAUUUAGCAUUAAUAGAAAAGAAUUUAUAUGCAAUUGGUGGUCCAAUUAUAAUUAUUCUUGGCACAAUAUGUUCUAUAAUUAGUCUAUUUGUAUUUUGCCAAAAGAAAUUACCGUCACUUGAUCGAGUUUUAGUUACAUCACCAAAUGCUCUUACACGGCAACGAAGUACACUUCGUCUUGCUUAUAAAUCUGUUAUAAUUGGAACAUUAUUUUGGAUGCUAUUUCAUAGUCAUACAUUAUUUCUUGUUGAUUUUUAUGAAUUAGCUCCUGGUUAUUUUGUUUGUUAUUUUCAACCAGGUUUAUAUGCAAAUCUUAUUGGUUAUUAUUCAACCAUAGUUAGAGGAAUUCUUAUGUUUGCAUUAUUAAUUAUUUUUGGCAUAUGGACAGGUAAAAAUCUUCAAAAUGUUAAUCGUCAUAGAAUUAUUCCUAUUGCACAUACAAGUGUAAAUACACUUGGUAAUCAAGAAAAUAUGAUUCGUUCAAAAAAUCGACAAUUUGCUUUGAUGUUAUUGAUGGAAAUAUUGAUUAAUAUUGUUUUUUAUGCAAUGUUAUCAAUUACUGGUAUAUAUGAACAAAUUGCAACGAAUGAAUCACAAACAACAUUUUAUUAUUUUAUUCGAAUAGUUGCAUCUUUUAUUGGAAAUAUUCCAGUAUGUGCAAGUUUUAUGGGCAAUUUAUUUAUAUCAAAAA